UGUAAUCGGCCAAAGAGAUGUUUUUUUUUCAGAUGCUCUUGCUAUCUGGGCUUCUGGUAUGAAUCUGUUAUUAUGUCUAACGGGGAGUGUAGCUACUAUUAAAUUGUCUGAGCUCAUCGCACUUCUUGAGAAAUCUAUAGAAAAUUUAAGUAUCAAAUUAGUUGCGACCCAGAAAAGCCGUCAUUUUUUAGACGAGGAGGAUGAGGUUUUGAAAAAGUGGGAGCUUUUUACUGAUGAAGACGAGUGGAAGUCGUGGGCGAAACGAGGCGACCCUGUAAGGCACAUUGAGCUGAGAGAUUGGGCUGAAGUGGUUUUAAUUGCCCCUUUGGGUGCGAAUAGUCUGGCUAAAAUAGCAAAUGGACUGUGCGAUAACUUACUCACAUGUAUUAUUAGAGCUUGUUCGCCUGGCAAGAAAACAGUUGUCUUUUGUCCAGCCAUGAACUGUGGCAUGUUGGACCAUCCUCUGACCAGAGAUCAUUUGAGAGUGUUGGUUGAGGUGCUCGGCUUCCGUUGUGUGCCUUCCAUUUCAAAGACUCUGAUCUGUGGCGAAAGUGGACAGGGUGCAAUGGCAGAAAUCGAAACUAUAGUGCAAAUUGUUUAUGAAAUCAACCGGAAUCUGUAACAAAAGAAGCAUAGCGCAGUUUUAGUUGAGCUUCUGUGAUAAAUGUUUAUUUAUUCGUCUUUAUAUUCAAAAUUUUUAAAGAAUAUCAGAAGCGUUGGUUACAAAAAACAUGACCAUCCUUUUUUAUAUAUUUAUCUCAUGUUGACAUAUAUUUAUCUGAAAU